CUCUCUCUCUUUCUAGUGACAGCCAGUCAGACCGACCGACUGGCUUCGAAUAUUUGUUUUCAACGUGUCUCUAAUUUCGAAGUCUUUGACACAACCAAAGGACAGUUGUCAGUGGUCGGUAUGGGAACCUAAUCGGUCAAGGAUUACAUAUAUAUAUGUAUAUAUAUAUGUAUACAUAUAUAUAUAUAUAUAUCAUAUAUGCCUUUAAAUACAAAACACUGCCUUAAAACCUCUUAACAUCAACACCAUCACAUAAAAAAGAUAGCGCACACAUAUACUCACAUACAUACAAACACACAUAUUCACAUCAUCACCAUCAACAUUAUAUACAUAAUCUUGUCAUUAUUUUCUUUUAUUGAUUAUUUAUUUACUUAUUUAUUAUUUUUGGGGUGCAUGAUUCUCCCAAAUGUGGAAUGAAACCGUCUUUUUCGAGGCUAUGAAAAUCGUCGGAUUAUGUGUUAUGUGGUAUUCAUCAAGUGCCAGCGGUAAUAUCGUAGGCAAGAUGUUGCUCACGGAUUUUCCUUAUCCCAUGACAGUAACCAUGGUCCAAUUGCUCUCAAUAUCUGUCUACCUGACGCCGCUAUUACGCCUGAAAUCGGUUUCGACCUCUUCUGGACAUGUGGCUAGCAUACCGCGAAACUAUUACAUGAAAAUGAUUAUACCAUUAGCGAUGGGAAAGUUCAUGGCUUCUGUUUCUUCACACGUUAGUAUAUGGAAAGUUUCCGUGUCUUACGCACAUACAGUAAAGGCUACGUUACCGUUGUUUACUGUGAUUCUAUCUCGUAUUCUGUUGGGGGUGAAGCAAACCAUGUAUAUCUAUGUGUCAUUGUUACCCAUUAUCGGAGGAGUAAUCAUCGCCACGGUAACGGAACUCUCCUUCGAUAUUAUUGGCCUCGUCAGUGCACUCUUCUCCACCAUGGGCUUUUCUCUCAUGACAAUCUUCUCCAAGAAGUGUUUAAAAGAUACUGGUAUGCACCAUAUGAGAUUAUUAGUGAUGCUAGCUCGCUGGUCAGCCCUCUGCUUCUUCCCCUUCUGGUUUACAUACGAUGUCAGGAGAAUACUCAUUAAUAUAGAUACUGUAACAAGCAAUAUAAAACUCACUACUGUUCUAAUAUUACUGCUGUUAGAUGGCUUUUUCAACACUCUGCAAAAUCUCAUUGCUUUCACCAUCUUGGCUCUUAUCAGCCCACUUAGCUAUGCUGUAGCGAAUGCCAUGAAAAGAAUUGUCAUCAUAACCGCAUCCAUUAUGAUGCUUCGCAACCCUGUUACACCAGUCAACUGCUUUGGGAUGUUUGUAUCUAUAUUGGGUGUGCUAUGUUACAACAAGGUAAGGUUUGGCUAGAUUUUAAUGUCCUUG